AACUCCACCAUCUCACAAAUUAAGAACACUGAUUCCUAAUUCGAACCUCAUCGAGAAUUCGGGUUUUGUUUGAGGAUGAAGAUGAUGGGAUCGACCAACUCUGCCAUCACGAGAGGAUUCCUCCUCCUCGUAAUUGCCGCCACCACCCUGGCGGUAGGCCAGGCCGAGACUGUCGUGGUCGGCGGAUCAGAAAACUGGCGCCCUGGCUACAACUACACCGACUGGGCUCUGAAGAACAGCCCUUUCUAUAUCAAUGACAAGCUCGUGUUCAAGUAUGAAGCGCCACAAAACGUGUACCUGCUGCCGAACCUGUGGAGCUACAUCAAGUGCGACUUCAAGAAUGCGAAACUGCUCGCCUCUGAGACGAAUGGUGCAGGGAAUGGAUUCGAGGUCGUGCUGAACCAGUGGAGGCUCUACUACUUCGCCUCAUCAAGCGGGAAUGACUGCUCCUCCGGGAUGAUGAAGUUCUUCACGAUGCCUCUGCCUCACUGGAAUUACUGAUCAUGAUCAUUAAUUGCUAUGCAUCGAUGAUCAUAAGGCGUCUUGUUUCUGGUGAAUAUUCUCCUCGUGCUACUUUAUGGUUCAGCUAAAAAAAGGUGUAUCUGCAGGAUUAUAACGAAUAAAGGGUUUGAUUUAAUUUUGUAUGAUCAUCUGUAUUUGUUCUGUGUAACAAUUGUGUUUGAAUCUGUUGUUUCGCGCCAUGUAUACGUACGUGCACAAUUCAGAGAAUAAACUGAGUCUUGUUCUGUGUCUU